UAACUGUUGACUAUAUGCUAAAAUAUGACUGUUAUGCAGUGAAUUGGUGAUUUUAUAUGUAAUUAAAAUGUACAAACAUUGAAACAAACAAUAAAUAAAAGUGGAGAAUAAAUAUAAAUACAAUGGAGCCCUUAAAAGAAGCAAUUAGUGUGCGUUCAGCUCGUUUGAACAAUCAUGUUCUGGGCAGAAAUAUUAACAAUGCAUCUGCUUCUAUGAAAUGUGUUGCAAGGGAAGGACUUUUGGAUGCCCUAAUGGCCUUAUACGAUGAAUGCAAUUCUGAUAUAUUAAAAAAAUCUGAUAAGAACAUAGCCUUAUUUGUAGAUAAAUAUCGAAGUACAAUUUUGGACCUUAAAAGACUCAGGGUUAACAUAGGUGAUUUCGAAGUAAAGAAUAUUAUAGGCCGUGGUCAUUUUGGAGAAGUUCAUGUUGUUAGAGAGAAACAAACAGGAGAUGUCUAUGCAAUGAAAACUUUACGAAAAUGUGAUUCACUAGGAAAAAAUAAUAUCAGUUUUUAUGAAGAGGAGCGUGAUAUUAUGGCCAAUAAUCAAAGUCCUUGGCUUACUAGUCUCCAAUAUGCUUUUCAGGAUAUGGCUCAUUUAUAUUUGGUUAUGGAAUUUCAUCCUGGUGGUGAUCUUCUGGGAUUAUUAGAAAGACGUGGAAAUGGUUCUGGUAUUGGAGAAGCUGCCUCAAAGUUUUAUCUUGCUGAACUAGCUUUGGCUAUUCAUGCCUUGCAUUGUAUGGGAUAUGUGCACAGAGAUGUUAAACCCGAUAAUGUUCUUUUAGAUAGAUGUGGGCAUUUAAAGUUGGCAGAUUUUGGCUCAGCAUCUAAAUUGAAUUCAUCAGGUUUUGUAACUAGUGCGAUGCCGGCUGGCACUCCAGAUUACAUUGCCCCAGAAGUUUUAGUGGCUGUAGAAAGUUCAAAGACUGAUAAAUAUGGGAUAUCUUGCGAUUAUUGGUCAUUAGGUGUAGUUGCUUAUGAAUUAUUAACAGGCAGAACACCAUUUAGUUCUGAAGCAAUUGCAAGUACUUAUAGUAAAAUAAUGAAUCAUAAAAAUGCUGCAAGUGAUCUCAUUUUUCCUGAAGAAACCUCAAAAGAAUAUUCUUCUUUUGUGAAAGGUUUAUUGACUGACUGUAAAAGUAGAUUAACAUACCCUAAAAUAGUAUCACAUGAAUUAUUUCAAGAUGUUAUUUGGGAUAAGUUGAGAGAACAGGUUCCACCUUUUGUGCCUAUAGUAAAUGGUUGUGAUGACACAUCUAAUUUUGAGGAAUUCACUCACAAACCUUCUCAACCAUCAAUAGAGAAUUUUCGCACAAAAACUCAGUUCAAUGGUAGAAAUUUGCCAUUCAUUGGGUUCACUUACAUUCAUAAUUUGGACAAUGAUAUUUUGUCAAGUGUACAAUCGAAAACAUAUGUUGAUUUAAAUGUAACACUAAACAAAAAUGUUGAAAAACCACUUGAGAGUACUUCUAGAGAGCGCAAAACUAUUGAAGGAUUGCAAGAACGAUUAAUCAAGGCAGAAAGACACAGUCAGGAUGCAGAAGCUUUGGAAAGAAGGCUUGCCGAAAAGGUCAAAAGAGUUGAAUCUGCAGAAGCAAUCCGCGAUAGGCUGGAAAGAGAAUUAUCUACAUAUAAAAAUGAUAAUAAGAAUAUGAAACGGAUGUUAGAUAUGGAAAGAAAGGAACGUAAAGCAUUUGAAGGACAAGCUCUUGAGUUGAUUGCUUCUACAAAAGCGAAAUGGGAAUUGAAUGGAAACGCAAGGAUAGCAGCUUUAACAAAAGAUUUGAAUCAACGAGAAGAAAAGAUUAAAGAGAUGGAUACUGCUAAUGGUGCUCUGGCAGCAAGAUUAGAACGAGCUCAAAAGGAUUUGCAAGAUAAAGUUAAAGAACUUGAAAGAAUUAAAAAUAUACAACUAGAGUGCAAGAAUACUAUUGCUAAGGCUCAAGAGCGCUCCAGACAAAGCAUUAUGGGUGCUGAGAUGCGUUUCGAGACCAUAAAUGCAGAAAAUCGCCAGAAGGUUGAAGAUUUACAAAAGAAACUUGAUGCUGAGAAGAAAAAUAGAAGAGAAAUUGAAAAGAAAUGUUUUGAAUUUGAGCAGAAAGAAAAGCAAUACAGCAAGGAAUUGCAUUCUUGCAGAGAUAAAAUUUUAAAAUAUGAAUCAAGUAUUAAAGAGUUAGAGGCACAAUUAGAGGAUUUGCAGCCCUUACAAGAACAAAUGCCUCAACUGAUGAAGAAAAUCCAGGAUCUUCAAGCUGAACGCAAAGAUAUUGUAAAGUUUAAAGAUAUGGAAGAAGUAUUGAAAAGAGAAAGAAUGGAAUUAGAAAAUUUACAGAAACAAGUCAAGGUCUUGAAAAAUGACUUGACACACAGUCAAAAUUCAUUAGAGCGCCAUGAAACAUCAUUGACUGUACGCAAUAAGCAAAAGGACACUCUUAUUGAAAAUUUAAGAGAGGAACUUAAAACAGCAGCUGCUGAAAAGGAACGCUUGCAACAGCGUUUACAAGCAGUAGUGGAUAGUGACGAAAUUAAUAAAGCUAAAAUAAAAGGCUUAGAACAAAUGUUAUCUCAAUUAGAAUCUGAACUUGAAAAUAUUGAAAAAGCCGAUAAGUAUUCAAAUAUGAAAUUCUCAUCUGAAUCUCCACAAAAAUCAAUGUUUUUACAAGAACAAAUUAAAAGACUAGAAGAGCAAUUGAAAAAUGCCACUGAGCAAGCAGCAUUGGAAAAACAAAAUGCCAAAGUUGCCAAUUCUGCUCUGUGGAAAAAGGAGAAGGAAUUAUCAGAAAGUGAUCUAGACAAACGUAUAACACAACGUGAAUUGAAACAACUUGAAGAAAAGCUUAAAACUAUUACUGAAGAAAAACGGAAAUUAAUUGAACAACUAGAACAACAAAAAUCUCAAUCAGAAAAAUUACAAAGGCGACUAGAUGCCUACCAGAACAAGAGUGAUGCUGAAAAGAACAGUUUCAGUAAAUGCCAAGCUGACUUGAGUGAAUGCAAGUCUCAGAAUCUUAUUUUGAAGGCUGAAAUAAGAAAAAAUGAAAGCGCUAUUAAAUGUUUAGACAAUGAGAUUGCUCGAUUGAAGGAAAUUUGUUCAGUUAAAGAAGAGGAAGUGAAAAGCAUUGAAGAUUUCUACAAGGAUCAAAAGAGGGAUUAUGAUAAUUUGAAAAUAGUAAGAUUUAUAUCAUCAUAUCCAUAUUAUUAUUAA